AGGCGUGAGUUGCCGGAUCGGGUGCCAGGUGCAGCCAUGGGUGUGCUUUGAUAUCUAGGCCAGAUUGUUCGCCGCCGCCUCAUUCUCAGCAUCUCUGCGAGGAAUUCGUGCGCACUCGUUAGCGGAAGAUGAUUUGAAUCUUUGAGAAGUUGAGCAGGGAAAGAGUGUGUGUUUGGAUGGGUGCGAGAUCCUCAGAUCCUAAGUGCAUCAGCAGACCGAUGCGUGCGUAACUUGUUUCAAGACAUAUAGUUUGAGAACAUUGUUGGCGGAGCAACGUGGGUUGGAAUGUCGAGCGUUUCUAACGGACUGAUGUGUCACUUUGAAGAGCAACCAUUGACGAGGACCAGGGGACAGUUGGAAGCGAAACAUGUUCCCUUGCUGGCCGCUGUGCUGGGUGUCAGCUCCAUCCUAGUUCCAGUCCUCUCACAUAUUGCGCAAGGAAAACAGCCACCUUAUCCAACAAUCAGCAUGACAGCAUACAUGCCCGGAAGUUUCGAAUACUUUGUGUUUGCAAGUGGCCUCUGUACAACUGCAAGCCUCUUGAUUCUGACAGCCAUCAUCGUGCGAUGGCGCCUUGGAGUUAGUGGUUACCUGGCGUUCAUAUCACACACUGCAGCAAACAUUGCAGCUCUUGGCCUCGCCGUCACCAGUGUGGUCCCACUCCAACCAAACAUCAUGGACGUUCUUGCUCUACCACGAGCCGAGAGGAAGAUGACGACGCAGUCUAACAUUCACUCUUGGGCGGCCAACAUCUUCUUUCUCAGCUCUUUGGUCCAUGCUGUCUCCAUGACUGUCAUGCUGCUCCAGUACAAGUCAAGGAAGGAUCCUGUUGUUUCUGAUACAUCCAUGAGAGUCAAGGCAUUGACUACAUUCUUGUCAUUCUUCUUCAUUGCAAGCCCUCUCCUCUUGUUCAUGUACCCAAGAAUCAUUAAGGGCAGCAGAGUCACUGUCGUAGCUCUCAACCAGUACGGUGCCAUCAUGUGCUUGCUGAGUUUCUAUGCAACCUACUAUGUAGAUCUGAAAGGUUAUCAAGUAUGUUUGAAGCCUUCCUCAAGCGCGGCAGCUGCUUCCAAGGCUUCAGGACACAAGGAGCAGAACGAGGACAAGGAGGACUGAACUCCUUCACGCGAGACCAAGUCCUUCAUGAUGGUAGAUGAUGUGAACCAGAUUACGAAGACGAGGAAGCUCGCGGUGAAGCUGCUUCGUAGAAAUUCAACGAGAGGUCGAGACGGAGAGAGGAGUGAAAGACAGACUCCAAACUUAUUAAAACAAGAUUUGGU